CCAAAUCUCAAAGAAGAAGUAACGUUGUUUCUUCCUGGUUUUAUUGGUAAACUUUGGAGUGGCGUUAGCACAGUUUGUUUCCGAAAAAGCCAGUUAAGUAAUACACUACAGUUAACACUGGAAGCUCGACAUGCAAAAACAUCUUAAGGAAGAAGAUGGACCUCUUCCACUGUCGUCUUUGCGCCUUUUUGUUCCUCCACUGCGUCUGGUGUCUGCAGCUCUGUGGCAAGUUGUUCUGCGGAGAGACAUAAUGGACUAUGGCUUGGUGGAGGAGUUUGUCACCACUGUGUUGGAGGUAGUUCCUGAUCUGAUGAGUUACAGAGAGCGAGUCCAACUCAUCAUGGGGCUGCGAGCACAGCUGGUUCUGGAGUUGUGUCGUACAGAUCACCUAGCCGACCCCGAGACCAUCCAGCCACACCUGAACAGGCUUAGAUCCUGUGUCAUCACUCAUAGGGAAAAUGAGACUCCUGAUCCAGAGGUGGAGGCAUCAGAAUCCAACUUCCUGAAGCUGAUUCAAAGCCUGCUGGAAGACCCAAUUGAGAGGGAACACUUCUUCCAGAAUGUUUAUUCAGAGGAAUUCGGCCUCAAGUAUGACUCCGCACUGCAGAGUCUGGUGUGGGAGUUCCUAUCUAGGCUGGAGAAGCUACUUCCAACACCGACCCUUCAACAGACUGCAUCUUGGUUUCUACCUGACCCUUCUAUCCUGGAGGACUGUGUGCAGUUUGUGUGUCACCCCGAGCCUUUGAAGACCCUACUCCAGUACCACAACAACACAUAUGAAUAUGUGGACACCAACGCUCUAUCUUCGGUCGACUACAUCCUCUCAUCGCUGUCGCUCUCUCCACUAAAGACAGUUGUGAUCUUUCCAGAUCAACCUUACCCAGAGAUCAAAUCAGAACCCACGGAGGAACCUUUGCCAUAUGAACAUAUGAACAUUCAAAGCCCAGCCUCAUCUGACAACGAUUCAGAAAGGCUUCCUUUGUUGGAGUCAGAUUACGUGAAGAGCGUAGAAGGGGUGCAUUCAGACGGAAAUUUGAAUGUUGAGAUUUUGUCUUUACAAAUUCAAGGUUCAGAAGAGGUGUGUAUACACAAGGAAACUACUGAGGGAAACCUUAAACACGAGACAGCUGACAAAGAGUCAGCAAGAGAGAGGGAACUAGAUGGAGCUUUUCACCAACCUCAAACUGACAGUGGGCUAAAAAUACAAAAUCCUCACAGCAUCCAACAGAAAGUGCAGGACAGUUCUAGUUUGUCAACUUCCUGUCUGCUCCGUCAGCCCACGGUGCUUCUGCACCGACUUGACAUUACUGAUAUGCCGUUACCUGUGUCAUCUCCAACAUUGAGUCCAACAUUGAGGAGAAAGAGGCUUCAAAUUAAAAAAGCGGGAUCCCAAGGACAGAGAGCAGGAUGGGUCAUAUCACCAGAAAGUAAGAGGAAUGCCAAUGGACAGCCACCAGAGACUGAACAAGACAGUGUAACCUCAAACGAUGAUACUCCCAAGAAAAGGAAAGCUGGUAGAGGCCUAGAGGAAGAGAAACUGCACCACCACAUCAAGGACUUUCACUCAGAGGAGUGCAGUGGACAGAACCGAGAACCUUUUGACAGUAUGCCUCACUAUUCUUUGGCCCCUGACCUAUGCCAUGUAAUUGGGCAGUCUAGUAGAAGCAAGCGGGUCAAAAUGUGCUCCUUAUGUAGGAAGACUUUCAUUGGAGCAAAAGAUUUGACGGCACACAUGAGAUCUCAUACUGAGCAGAGUCCUUACCAGUGUACCCAGUGUUUGCAAAGCUUUGAACAUCAGGAGGACUUACAGAAACAUCAAAAGAUUGGGUGUGAGGUGGCAACUCAACCAGAAGAGGACAACGUGUCUAUGGCAUCUUUUGAAGAGGAUAACAUGUCUACAUCAUCUUUUGAGGAUGGGAUCGAGACAUCCCAGCGCAAAGGCACUUCGCCCCUGAGCCCAACAACUUCUAACGUUCGUCCCACUCCAAGAGACUUUUCCAAAGUCAGAACUUGCCAUGUGUGUCAGGAAACUUUCCAAAGUGCAUAUUUAAUGAGAAAGCACCUGAAUUCCGAACAUGAUCAGCUCCCUUACCAGUGCUGCGACUGUGGAGAACAUUUUAAGAGGAAGUUUCAUUUAAAGGAACAUAAGAAAUUGUGCUUGGCGGCGAGCUCAACAACUUCCAACAUUCGUCCCACUCCAGAUCAGUCUUCCAAAGCCAGAAAUUGCAGUUUGUGUAACAAGACUUUCGACAGUCCAUAUUUAAUGACAAAGCACCUCAAAUCCAAACAUGAUCAACUCCCUUACCAGUGCCCUGGCUGUGGAGGAAAUUUCCAAAGGAACUUUCAUUUGAAGGAGCAUAAAAAAGAGUGCUUGGUGGCAAAGAGUCUCCUCUCUUGCUCUCUGUGUGACAAAACUUUCAUUGAAGCAAGCAAUUUGACCAAACACGUGAGAUCUCACACUUAUCAGUGCACCAAGUGUUUGCAAAGCUUUGAACGUCAGGAGGACUUACAGAAACAUCUGCAGAAUGUGUUUGAAGAGCCAGCUCAAUUUGAAGAGGACAACACGCCGAUGCCAUCUUUUGAGGGUGGGACAGAGAUAUCCCAGCCCAACGACACUUCCAAUGUCCUUCCCACUCGAAAGGAGUCUUCCAGAGCCAGAACAUGCCGUUUGUGUCACAAGACUUUUGACACUAUACAUUUCAUGAAAAAGCACCUGAAUUCCAAACAUGCUCAGCUCCCUUACCAGUGCCUCCACUGUGGAGAAAACUUCAGGAAGAAGUUUAAUUUGAAAGAACAUCAGAAAGAGUGCCAUAAACCCACUCCAACACAGUUGUCCAAGGCCAGAACAUGCCGUGUGUGUCACAAGACUUUUGUUAGUGUACAUUUAAUGAGAAAGCACCUCAAAUCCAAACAUGAUCUACUCCCGUACCAGUGUCUCGGCUGUGGAGACCAUUUCUACAAAAAUUCUCACUUGCUGAAACAUGAAAAAGUUUGCUCGGCGGCAAAGAGGCUCCUCACUUGUUGUGAGUGUGGUAAGACUUUUAAACUCUCUAAGCUUAAGGGGUGUAACCAGGUGAGCCAACAGCAGGCUCCUAGGGGGGAUCAUCAAGAGACCAACACGACUCUAAUAGUGGAAAAUGGGAUGGAGAUACCCCAGUCCUUCAGCACUACACCCCAGAACCCAACAACCUCCAAUGCUCUCACAAUUCAAGGACAAUCCUCCAAAAUAGCCAACCAUUAUGAAACAUGUCUUUUGUGUAAUGAAACAUUUGAAAAUGGAGAGAAUCUGAGAACGCAUAUGACAUUUCAACAUGACGUACGUACGUACGUGUGCCUUGAUUGCGGUGAGACAUUUCAAAGCAAAUCUGAACUACAGAAACAUUUUGCCAUUCAUUUGGGCUCCGGAAAGUGUCCUUUGUGUGUUAAAAAGACUUCUCAAUCAACGCUGCAGCACGUUCAGAGACAACAGCAAGACUUGAGGGUGUCAAGUGAGGGAGUCAACCCAAACCAGCACCAAAGGGAUGUUAAUCCAGCAGAUGGCAGCAACUCGCUGGCACCGAGGGAACAUGAGACAAAUAACCUCCAGCCUUCAACCUAUCUAUGUGAUACAUGUGGUAAAGACUUCCCAUCUCUCUGCCGAUUGAAACGACAUUUGCAAGUACAUACAGGAGAGCAGCCUUUUCCUUGCACGGAUUGUGGCAAAUGUUUUACUUGCAAGGGUAGUCUGAAAAUCCAUCAACGCCUUCAUACAGGAGAGCGGCCAUUUGCGUGCACUUUAUGCCAACAACGCUUUAUCACAAAUAAACACCUAAAAAGACAUAUGUUUACUCACACAAGGGAAAAGCCUUUUCAGUGUUCAGCUUGUGGGAAAACUUUCAAAACGAAACAAGGUUGUAGCAGACAUCAACAAUUUAGGCGUUGUUACCUGGAAAAGCAUACUAGAGCAAGUUUUCUAGAGAAUCCGAAGGAUUUACAAAAACAUCAGCAGAUUGGGCAUGAGGAGGCAGCUCAACCAGAAGAGGACAACAUGUCUACAACAUCUUUUGAGUAUAAGACAUCCCAGGCACAUGGCACUUCAGCCCAGAGCCCUGACACUUCUAAUGUUCGUCCUACUCCAAGACAGUCCUCCAAAGCCAGAAUGUGCCACGUGUGUCAUGAAAUCUUCCAUAGUGCAUAUUUAAUGAGAAAGCACCUGAAUUCCAAACAUGGCCAGCUCCCUUACCAGUGCCUCGACUGUGGAGAACAUUUCAAGAGGAAGUUCAAUUUGAGGGAACAUAAGGCAAGGUGCCAUUCUACGCCUUCCUCCAAAGCCAGAAAAUGCUGUUUGUGUGACAAGACUUUCAACAGUCCGUAUUUAAUGAGAAAGCACCUCAAAUCCCAACAUGAUCAACUCCCUUACCAGUGCCGCGACUGUGGCCAUUUUUUUAAGCUGAAGUUUAAUUUGAAGAAACAUAAGAAAAAGUGCCCCACUCUGAAAAGACAUUAGCGAGUACACACUGGAGAGCAGAAUCUUUGCACGGAUUGUGGCAAACACUUUACUUUGAAGGGUAGUUUGAAAACCCAUCAACUCCUUCAUGCAGAAGAGCGGCCAUUUGCGUCCACUGUAGGCCAAGAACGCUUUAUCACGAAUAAACAGCUACAAAGACAUAUGUUUAAUCACUCGAAGGAGAAGCCUUUUCAGUGUUCAGCUUGUGUGAAGGAAGACUUCCAAAACAAAACAAGGUUGGAGCAGACAUCAACAAUUUAGGCAUGGUCAGCUGGAAAAAAAAUACGAGAGCAAGUUUGCUUGAAGAUUCUGAGUAAUUGUAAUUCCUGACCUUCACCAUUUUACUUGUGAUUUUGGUUUCUUAUUUUAUUAUCUUUGAAUAGAGACAUUUUUGGGUUACAAACAAACGUCACCUUUGAGUAAUGCACACGCAUUCUCGUGGUAAAAAAGCCCCCUCGCAGAAUAUUUAUACGUAGAUGUCGGGACCUUGACAAACUUAAUAGUGAUGACUAUGAAAACACAAGCCUGGUGGUUAUAACUAUGUUCAAGAAGAGUAUUAUUCUUCUGGCUUUAUCGAGCUCUAUUUGUGACAUUUUACCUUGCUGGCUUGGUAGCUUGCUAGGUAAUUCAUCCUCGGAAGACAUCUGCGACGUUGUAGAUGAUAACCAUCUGACGACACGUUUGUUAACUUGCAUAAGCUGCAUCUGAAGUUGGAUGUUGUUGUAUUGACAAGCCCCGAUCUGAGGAAGAACUGCGCACUGCAACCUCAUGACGCGGCCGGGAAAUGGGUCUAUUAUCUAUGUUCAGGAAUGGCCCCCAGAGCUGUUGCCAGAGAAUUUAAUGUUCAUUUCUCUACCAUAAGCUGCCUCCAACGUCGUUUUAGAGAAUUAGGCAGUACGUCUAACCGGCCUCAUAACUGUCCCCUGUGGCUCAGUUGGUAGAGCAUGGCGCUUGCAACGCCAGGGUUGUGGGUUCGAUUCCCACGGGGGACCAGUGCAAAAAAAGUAUGAAUGUAUGUACUUGUAAGUCGCUCUGGAUAAGAGCGUCUGCUAAGUGACUUAAAUGAAAUGAAAUGAAAUGAAUAACUGCAGACCAUGUGUAACCACGCCAGCCCAGGACCUCCACAUCCAGCUUCUUCACCUGCGUGAAGACCAGAGAACAGCCACCCGGACAGCUGAUGAAACUUUGGGUUUGCACAACCGAAGAAUUUCUGCACAAACUGUCGUGCUUGUCGUCCUCACCAGUGUCUUGACCUGACUGCAGUUCGGCGUCGUAACUGAAUUCAGUGGGCAAAUGCUCACCAUUAAUUCGAUGCGCGCUGUUCUCUUCACGGAUGAAUCCCGGUUUCAACCGUAAUGGGCAGAUGGCAGACCACAUGUAUGACGUCAUGUGGGCGAGCGGUUUCCUAAUGUCAACAUUGUGAACAGUGUGACCCAUGUUGGUGGUGGGGUUAUGGUAUGGGCAGGCAUAAACUACAGACAACAAACACAACUGCAUUUUAUCGAUGGCAAUUUGAAUGCACAGAGAUACCGUGACGAGAUCCUGAGGCCCAUUGUCGUGCCAUUCAUCCGCCGCCAUCACCUCAUGUUUCAGCAUGAUAAUGCACAGCCCCAUGUCGCAAGGAUCUGUACACAAUUCCUGGAAUCUAAAAAUGUUGCAGCUCUUCCAUGACCUGCAUACUCACCAGACAUGUCACCCAUUGAGCAUGUUUGGGAUGCUCUAGAGAGACGUGUACGACAGCGUGUUCCAGUGCCGGCCAAUAUCCAGCAACUUUGCAUACCCAUUGAAGAGGAGUGGGAUAACAUUCCACAGGCCACAAACAACAGCCUGAUCAACUCUCUAUGCGAAGGACAUGUGUUGCGCUGCAUGAGGCAAAUAGUGGUCACACCAGGUACUGACUCAUUUUCUGAUCCACGCCCCUACCUUUUUUUAUGAAGGUAUUUGUUAUCAACAGAUGCAUAUCUAUAUGCCCAGUUAUGUGAAAUCCAUAACUUAGGGCCUAAUGAAUGUAUUUAAAUUGACUGAUGUCUUUACAUGCACUGUAACUUAGUAAAAUCUUGCUGGCGCAGGGGUCCAAGCACUGGUUUAGCGAACAGAAGGUCACAGGUUCUAAUUUGGCCAAUGCCCUUUCUCUAAAAAAGUUUCCCAAUGCCCAAUGUGUUGAUAUACUAUCCAGUAAUGAAUGAUCACAGAAUGUAUUGGUUGUGUUAUUUAAACACCACAUAAAAUUAAAAACUAAAUGAUUGAAACAAGGAGGGAAUUGUCACUUGUAUAAUAAAACACUUUUGUUUUCUGUGA